CCAAGGCCCACUAAAUUAGUUGAUGGAAACCAAGCAUCUUUCGCGCCAUAAACAUUCACGCCAUUUAACUAUUAGUUCGAGGUUUUAUGCUGGUGGAUUUUUAACUGUCUCCUCAAAUUGCAUUUGAUCUUAGUUACCAUCAAUCAGUUUUAUUUUACUUGUUUAGUUCAUUUUGAUUUUUACUUUCGAAGGUUUUGAUCAACAAUGGCUCUGCAAACAUCUAUAGCACAGUAUUUCAACAGCCGAAAAAGACGAGCUGUUGACGAAUUAAAGAAGGUCAGUAAUUCAAAUAAAGUGCUGAUUCUGGAUAAAAACACAACUGACGUGUCAUUGACAAAAGAAUCCGAUCCUUCAGUCCUAGAGGAGACUGAUUUAAAGAGAACAGUAAUUUAUAGUGAGUCACCAAAAAUUGCAAAGCCAAAAAAAAUUGUAACAACUGCUCCCAAGUUGCAUAGGAGAACACCUAAAACAGUUUCUGGUACCAAGAUUAGAGGAGAAAGACAGGGGACUAAUCAGAGUGAUAUUAGAAAAUCUUUACUUUCUUCAUUUGAUGCUGCUUUAGAGAAUUCUAACUCCCCUUCAGAAGAGAAAGGUGAAGUGACACCCCAUAAGGAUGUUAAUUUGAAUUCAGAGCAAGCUGGUAAAGUUAAUGUACCCUUCAUAGUUAAGGGGUUUUUGUCACCCAAGAAAGAAUGUGGUCCCAGAAUUGAAUCUUCACCUACUAAAUUGGUAGUUCCUUCUACAUCUAAGAAAUCUAACGUGGAAAGUUUGAAAAAUCUUCGAUCCAAAAUCAUUAAUAGUUCAAGGCUCGAUGAAAUAAGAAAAUCAUUGAAGAAUAUCAAUGAAGGCCAUGUAAAACUCAGAGAAAUUGGGACAAAAUUACAAAACAAAAAUGUUGGCGACAGUCCUACUUUAAAGAAAUUCAGUGCUAUCAAUGUCGAAGUUUGCAGCCCCACAAAGAGGUUGAAAGAUCCUGACUGCAUUAAAGUGCCCAGUUCUCCAUCACUACUUCAUAGAUCAAUCCUCAUGUCCCCAGGAAAGACCCAAGGGACACCUCUUCCAUAUGUUUCCCCUAGGAAACUUUUUACUGAAGCUUCUCCCACCAAAUCAUUCGAAAGAUACUCACAUUUGAGCUCUAAAGAAAAAUCAUCACUCGUUCUUCCCUAUAAAUACAGAACACUUGCAGAGACUUUCAGAGCAAUUGAUGCUGUCGUUUCAAUGAUGUUUAAUAGGAAUGAGACAAUUUUUUUUUCAAAAUUGAAGAUAUCAGUUCAGCAGAUGUCUAAAAAGAAUUUAACUGAAACUCAUCUCAGUCAAAUACUUACAAUUUAUCCGACUGCAUUUGAAUUUAAACAAGAAAAACUUCGCCAAGGACCUGGGCAGGCACCUAAAUAUGAACUUAGUAUCAAGCCACUUCUUGAUAAGACUAAUGGUGAUUCGUGUGAAGAAAAGAGUGAAAGUUCUCUUAUGACACCUUCUAUAAUACUUGAAAGGAGGAGAAAGAUGUAUGACGCCCUUUUAAAUUUGACAAAAGAUCAUCACCAGGAGUUUUUGAAAACUUUGGAUCCUCCAAUGAGCUUAGAUAAGAAUAAAGUAACAAGAUGGCAUCCGGAAUUCGAGGUUGAUUCUGUUCCAGAUAUUGUUCCAUCACUGCUGCCACUGCCUCCCAACCUGGAGAAAUUUUCUACUGCAAAAGAUGUGCUUAACAAAGCACGAGAUAUUUUUAUGUGCAACCCUCGAAUGGCAUCAGCACUUGAAAAGAAUUCUUCUCUGCCUCAGGCACAGUAUACCACACCUGCUGCAGCAUCUAUACCUGCAUUGACUUCAGCUUUAAAAGGAAUUCCGAAGUCUUUACUUGAAAAAGUUCGAGCUAAACAAGCAGCAAAAGCGGCUUCUAUGCUUACACGCAAUCCUGAAGCUGUUAAGCGUAGAAUUGAGUAUUCCCGUCUACGUGAAAUAGCGAGGAUAGUAAGGAAUACAUUUAUUGCUGAAAAGAAAACUGUACUUCCUAAGUCUCUUCUCUUGGACAAACUCAGUAGUUCUUACAGAGAAAUUUUAACCCCAAAUGACAUGACACACCACUUAGAUUUGCUAAUGGAGUCUAGCCCAGAUUGGAUUACUACAAUCAAUAAUCGAGGAGAAAUAUAUUUGAAGAUAUUGAGAGAACUGGAUUUAUCUGUGAUUCAUGAGAAUAUAGACAAACUUAUAAAUCAGAUUUAGCUUUACAUUUUUGAAAAUUAUUUUUAUCAAUAUUUUGACAUUAUCUUAUUUAAUAUUUUUAUUUACUAUCAUUAUUUUAUUUGUAUUAUGUUAAUACUAUGAUUAUUUAUUUUAUGUAUUUCAUGUCUUAUGCAGAACACUGUGUUUUAUUGAAAUGUUUUUUAUUAAUAUGUUAAAAGUAUUUUGACCAGUAUUGAAAAAUAAAAUGAAGCAAUUAUUUGUUCAAGUAAUUUUGCUUACCUGGCUCUUGUAUUGUGAAAUUGUCAUUAGAGGGGUACUCGUGAUAAAUGGUUAAAUCUGGUGACUUUUUAAAAUAAACUUACUUUAUUUGCAUUAAAUUGAAUAGGAACAGUAAAUUUCCCUUUAAUCAAUAUAACAAGAGGAAAAUAUCUUGUAUAAAGGCCUUUACCAGAGAUUAAGAAAAAAUUGUGUACUUUUGAAAUUUACAGUGAUUAAUGGUAAUAUUAAUUUUGUUAACUUAUAUGUACAAUGCAUUUGUAAUAUUUUUAAAAACAGUGGUUCUUGAAACCAUUUUUUAGAUCAAUUAAUCGUAUUUUGUACCACGUCCAGGAUGAUUCCCUGUAUGUACAUCUUUAUAUGGAACCAUCCUGCACUUGGUAAAUGUUUCACAUAGAGUUCAAUACCAAUUGUAUGGAGCAUGCAUAAUAUAGUAAUUAUAUAUACAUAUAUGUAUGUAUGCAUUUAUAUAUAUUAUUAAGCUCUAAUUGCCUUCAAUAAAUGCCGUCAAGAACUCCUGUUUUCUAUAAUAUUCAGAAAUGGUCCAAAAUACUUUUAGAGUAGAUCUAUUAGCAAUUUACACCUAUUAUUGUUAUGGGAUGAUUUAUUUAUCCUUUUAUUUAUUAGGAAUUUUUACUAUGCAA